UCUAAUAGAUUGUGAAUGAAAUGGAUGGUAACAAAAAUGUUAAGGAGCUUUUGUUAUCUGCCAUAUAUCAAUCAAACCAGCUUUCCGUUCUUCUCAAUAAUACCCUACAAGUUACCGAAGAAGAUACCAUAAGUGCAUCUAGUCCAGAAGGGAUGUCUCAAGCAAGAACAAGAAAAAAAAUGGGUAUGCAUGGGAUGUGUCCUGAAAAAUUACUAUCCAUAUCAAUGGCUUUAAAUAAAUGUUUAACAGAAUUACUGUCAGUAAUUACAGAACAUGAGGAAGAAAGGAAGCAAUUAAAAACUGAACUAAAAAAUUCAAAAGAACAAAUUCAUCUUUUACACGAAACGCAUCGCAAUUGUUCGCUGCAGUCUUCUCUGAAUACUCAAAACAGAUCAAAUAUUGGAAGUCUUUUUCCCACUACUGAAUGUUGCUGUAAUAUUAAUGUUAACCAGUUUCCUACAAAUGAACAGUAUUGCCACUGUAAAGAAGAUAAAGACAGAAAACCAAUUAGCGAAGAGAAUAUUUAUAUGCAAGGUUUGCCUAGUUCUACAGACGAUUCAACGAAUACGUCUAUAGACCAUCCUGUUAAUACCAAUUCGUGAUAUCAUAAAUCGAACAAAAAAAUCUGAACGACACAAAUUAAUUUGAGAUGUUAACGAUGGGUCUUCCUUCUUUUUAACAUCGUAAUUGUAAUUAUUAUUAUAUUCCCAUCCAGUAAGGGAAUUCAUAUUGUAAAAAAUACAUUGUAAUAUAAAUAUUUCGUAGUAUGUAUGAUAGUCUAAAAAAUUUAUUUUUCAUUUUUUUUUCAAAGAUAGUUUAAUAAUAGUUCCUAUUUGCUAAUCUUUAGUAUUUUAGUAACUCAUGAAACACAGUUAUGUAAUAUAUCAAUCGUAAUUCUGUUCAUAUCUAAUUUAUUUGAUUUUUUUUAUAAUUGUAUAAAUAGACUGUUUAUAUUUCUGCUUCUAGUCAUAUUCACAAAUUAAUUUUCAAAUUAUUCUAUUAAAUAAUUGCUAAAUUGACAAAUGUACAAAUAGCAAACAUGAUUGAUUAUUUUUGAAUCAAUGAUAUUGACUAAUAUCUACAUUCUCUACAUUUAUACAGAACUUUAUGCUUUUAUUAUAGAUAAAAAUAAUUCUUUAUUGUUAAUACAAUAAAGAAAUGAUAAGGAUUUAAAAAAUAUACCAACCUGAAAAUAAUUGUAUUACCUGAAAGUGUAGUACAAAACUCUGUAUGAGAUAUAAACUUGUUUCUCUAUUUUAUUGUUUAUUUCUUAAUUCACAUAUUUGAAUAUUUCAAUUUUGACUGCACAAUUUUAAUAGAAGUUAUUGAAAUUACAAACAACAUUAAUCUUAAAUUUUUAUUUAUAGGAUGAUUCAAAAGUCUCCAUACAAAACACAAAUUACUUGAAAGAAUGCAUUUAUAAUGUGUGUGCACAUAUAUCAUUAGAUAUGUUAACAGGAAUCUGUCACAAGUGAGAAUGCAUUCAGUUAGAUGAUGCCCUCGCAGAUCAUAUUCUGUGACUUAUGAGUAUCAGCUCUAGCCUUAUCUGCAAUGUGUGCGAGAGGUUUCAGCAUACCCCUCGGCUUGCUAAUUGAUGUAUAAAUCAAUUAGCAAAAUUUUGUGUCCAUUUUCUUGUGGCACCCGUGCAGCCACACAGUUUGAUUGUACUGUAUUUAGAGCUGGCAGUCUUGUAAUAAAUGAACCAUUUUCAUAUAUAUGAAGACUUUUGAAUCACCCUAUGUUAUAUAUAUAUAUCAAAUAUUCUUUUUUCUUAAGAUAUUUGUAAUUUAUACACAUGGAGAAGUUUGUUCGCCACUUGUUUCUCAUAGUAGAAGCCUUUUUUAAAGUCAUGUAGAUUAUAUGCAUGCAUGAUAAAACAAAAAAAAACUAUGAUUAUUAUGCAAGAAAUCAUGUCUAAUUUGAUAAUAAAAAUCAUUAUAAUUUGGGUGAUAGAAUAUACCCCAUUGUGAUGAAUGAAAUGUUUUCAAUCAAGUUUUUUAAUAUCAUAUAUUAUUUUUUUUCUCUUUUUGUUAAUGUUGUUAAUGCUUUAUAUUUAAUUUUGAUAUUAAUAUAAAGCAUAUUCUUAUACAAAAUAUGUUGUUUGAUAUAUCAUUUCUGGGUACUCCAAUUGUGAUAAGAAAAAAAAAACAAAAUAUUUUUCCAUGUAGUUAGUUAUAUAUAAAUUAAUUGUUGAUGAGAAUUCUGGUCGAAAACCUAGUUUUUAUUUUCAAUUUAUUUCAAUGAUUCCCAUGUAAAUUCCUUUAUUAUAUAUAUAUAUAUAUACAAAUUGUAAAUAUUCUAAAGCAAAAUACUCAGGAGUUGCACUUAUUCUUUGGAUCUAAUAUCAGGUAUGGAGUUACAACCCUUUGAUAAGGAGAUUACUGAUCAUUAAAAUCAUAUAUCCAAAUAUUCCCUAGAGUAAUUUACUCUUCUUAAUCUAUAAUAUUUUGAAAUAAUUAUCAAAAGAAUUAAAUUGUACUGAAGGUAGUGCCAAGAAAUCAAAUUAUGAAUCAUACAAUAAUUAUUAAAUGAAGCAAAAUAUUUAUUAAAAAAAAAUUAAUAAAAAUAGUAA